AUAUGCUCAAGAGAGCCUUACUUCCUUGUUGUUAUCACAUUUGUUGCUCAGCCUUCUAUGACAGAUACUUCGUGGACUUAUCUUCUCCUCAGCUACAAUGAGUUCUCAGCCUCAGGGUCAGCCAAUUCGUCCUGGUCACACCAUCUGGAUUUCUCGGUCUACUCCCUACAGGAGGCCAGUUCCUGCUGAGGUCAUGGCCAGUUAUCGCCGCUAUCAGCUGCGUCAUCUUUCUCAGGAGUUCUGCUUUUUCCUGGAACGCCUGUCCUCCCCUACACUCCCAGAUCACCCUCUCCUGCCUUUUAACAUCGUGCAGGCGCCUUUGACCCGUUCUUCUUCUACUCAAACAUCUCUGCCUCCUAUCCUGGUGGAUCAACGGACACAAACAGAUGGUUGUCCUCAUGCUGAACCCCGUUGCCCUAGGCUGACAACUCCUGCCUCUCCUCCACGUAUCUCUUCUCCUCCCAUCGCCUAUAUUUGUCCCCUGGCAGCUCCUACCUCUCUUCCUCGUGUCUCAUCUCCUUAUUUUGGUUACAUUCCCUCUCUCUCUCCUAGUUUGGCUUCUUCUCCCUCUAACUCUGAGCCUGGCUCCCCAGGCUUUGUUCCUUUUUCCCCUUCUCCUAGGCCUGGAUCCCCAGACUAUACUCCCACUUCUCCCAGACCUGAUAGCUCUGGUUAUUACUAA